UGGUUUAGUUCAUUAUCAACGCUUGAGACUCCGACUUGUGAUACACAAAAAUAGAAAGACGAGGCAGUCGGAAUAAUUCGGCAAUUCGGAAGCCCUUGUUCCCUGAUCGUCUGAAGCGUUUUUUUGUUCGGUGAAAAUUUGUUGCAGUGCAGCAUGAAAUAUAUAAAUUGCACUCAGCCCGCCAUCGAUGACUUCCCCCGAGACCUAUUCUCGGAGGCGCAAAGACAGUCUGGUGCUGUUGUACUUCAUGUUAUAGCCAGUUUAUAUUUAUUUGUAGCCUUAGCCGUAGUGUGUGAUGAGUACUUUGUGCCAGCAGUUGAGAAAAUAUGUGCAGCACUCAACAUGUCCAAUGAUGUGGCGGGUGCCACUUUCAUGGCCGCGGCCACCUCCGCCCCAGAAUUAUUUGUCAACGUGAUAGGAACCUUUAUCACGGAGGGCGACAUCGGAGUGGGCACGAUUGUCGGAUCGGCGGUAUUUAACAUCCUGGCAGUGGCCGCGUGCUGCGGAAUCGGAGCUGGCAUGACAAUACCCUUGGACUGGUGGCCACUGACGCGGGACAGCAUCGCAUACGGAGUUACAGUGGCCAUUCUCAUUUGUGUUAUGCACGACGAGCGCGUCGAGUGGUAUGAGGCCCUCAUCCUGGUCUCCCUGUAUGCCGUCUAUCUUGCGGUCAUGUAUUUCGACAAAACUUUCCAAAAGUGCGCCAAAGAGCUUGUGGAAAACCGCAUUUGCCAGAACAUGGCGAACAUACAGCUAAACGGAGGACUUAACAAAGAGCAGGCCAAGGCCACAAGCACAUCCGGAGCCGGUACCACCGCGAUUUCGAUAACCACCUCGACCAUGACCACAACUUUGAGCACCACCCAUAGUGCCGGAGGAGGAGGUGGAGCAGUUGGUCUUUGUUCGGGACCAGGGGCCAUUGUGCAGAUGGCACCACUAGACGAUGCCGAGGCAGAAUCUCACGUGGCCGUAGCAGCCGCUGACGAGGGCCGUAAGGAGGAGGGAUACUCUCUGCUCUCAUACCCGAAGGAUAAGAGCUGCUUUGCCCAGUUUACCUGGCUCAUCAUUUGGCCGAUCCAUCUGCUAUUUCGCAUUGCCAUUCCUGACUGCAAGAAGGCCAAAAACAAUAAGAUUUUCCCACUGACCUUUAUCAUGUGCAUAGUUUGGAUCGGAUCGCUUUCCUAUGUAGUAGCGUGGAUGAUAACGAUAAUCGGAGACACACUAAAGAUUCCUGACUCGGUGAUGGGGAUUACGUUCCUGGCAGCUGGUACCAGUGUCCCUGAAGCGGUGUCUAGUGUUAUUGUGGCGAAGCGCGGUCACGGAUCAAUGGGAAUCUGUAACUCUAUUGGGUCAAACACUUUCGACAUCCUGCUGUGCCUGGGGGUUCCCUGGCUGAUCAAAGCAGUAUUUUUCCCGAUCCAACCGGGCCAAAACUACGUGGCCAUAAACUCCGCCGGAUUGGAGUACUCGGCGAUCACUUUGUUGUCGACACUGUUCCUGCUUUACCUGACCUUCUCCACAAACAAGUUUAAGCUGGACAAGAAGGUGGGCACUGCCUGUCUGGUGAUGUAUCUGGUCUUCAUGGUUUUCGCCUCCCUCAUCGAACUCAAUGUGUUCUUCCGCGUCAACCUGCCCACCUGCGGUCGAUCAUGAAAUUGGUCUGCGUCCAAAAGUUGUAGGAUAUACGAAGGACGACCUGCAAAAUCUGACGUUUUGAUGAGCGAUAUACCAUUUGGGAUGAAUAGAUGGGGUGCAGAGAUGACAGUCUUCUGGUGCUGGAUCCGUUUCCGAUUCAGUUUGCGGCAGCUGACUGGAAGAACCCUAAGUGCAGUGGUUUAAUUAAUUAAUAUGUAUUUUCUGUUCUAUUCUAUCUACUUUGAUAGUUGAGUUACGUUAUACGUUAUGCUGUUAUUGUAAUAAUAUUUUUUUUUUAUUAUUAUUAAAGUAGACUCUUUCACAAUCUUCGGUCGAAACCCAAAAGAUAAAUUCAAAUGAAUGAGAAGACAUUUUAUAAUUUACGGAGCCGUGCAAAGGGAGAAAUGAAAACUAAAAACAAACCAAAAAAAUAAAUAAUGUAUUUAUAUGAUUAAUAUAUAUGAGAUUUAACAAAGUCUGUAGUGAUAGUGGAUAUUGUUAAUUGGAUUGCCUUGGCUUGUAGGACAUAAUAUCACUGUGGACGGCAGUACACGUAGUGACAAGUGCUCCCGAAAAUCCGAUCAUUCAAGUGAUACACACGUCGAAAGGUAAAAAAAACGGAUUGCAUAUAAAGACCUUUGAAUAAAUAUAUACUCUGAGGGUGUACGAAAAAAAGCGUUGAAAGUGAAACAUAAUUAAAAAAUUCUACUAUUAAAAAUAAAUGAAAAUUUAUAUCGGUUUGUCCACCACAUGGUUUUGACGAGGGAAAAAUACUCUAUAAAUAGAUCAAUACUAAUAAAAGUGUUGUUAAAAGGACUUUCCAAAUUUAUAUUCUGUUUCCAAAGUAAAGUUCCAAACCGAAUUCACCCUAAUACAAAACAUUGCUAAAACCAUAUACAUUAGUUUAUAUAUAUGGAGCUUAAUUCUGUUUUUAGUUAACACUUCCCUUCUUAUUUUUGGUUACAAGAAAUCUAUCGAGCAUUAUCAAGCAUUCAAACGAAGUUAAUUCGCUCUUUAAGCGGGAAACAUCUAUAAAACUGUCUUCUACAUUGCUACCUAACCCAAUCCUGGUGUCGGGUAAAAUGUAACAUUUAUUGUACUGUAUUUGCAAUGUGUGGAUAAAAAACAAAAAUCAAAAAUGGUUGCUUAAUAGUAUUGUAUUGCUUAAUUGUUUUUUUUUUUUUUUAAGCAAUAUGGCAAGACAAAUAUUAAAACGAAAAUGACAGUGACAGUUAUGAGCAGUUUCUAUACAUAAAUUUGGAGUCUUUUGUGUUGGCCAUUUGCAGUUGUAAUACAGUAAACUGAAAUAGUUUGCAAGAUAGUUUUAGGCUUUAACUUUAACUAAAUGAAAAUAACUUUUAUAAUUUCAAUCAACUACACGUAAUAUUUUGUUACCAAAAUUCUCAAAUCAAUAUCGAAGUGGAAAGUAGAAUAGAAGAAGUGGUCAUUACCGAAUAGAAACAAUUUAUUAUCAAAAACAAUGCAGCUAUGAUUUCACUUUUAGUAUAUUUCAUUCCACAAUGCUUGAG